AUGACGACAAAGAGCCUUGAAGACCAGGAGAGGGAAAUUAAGGAUGUGUUGCGCAAGGCCGAACGAUAUCCAAUCCGAACUUCUGCAGCGCGCAAGGAGGUUCUAAAGCGGCUAAUCGACCUUGCACAUUCGCCUCAUCCAAAGUUAAAAAUGAUUGCAGCGAACAAUUUGAAGUCUUUCAUUAAAGACUUCCCAGACCUUGAGGAUGAGGCUAUCAAUGCGGUCUACGAUCUUUGCGAAGAUCCGGUUACAAAGGUUCGAAUAACGGGAUACGCUGCCAUUGUCGACGUGUCAAGAGAGCAGCUGAAGUGGGUGAAGAGGAAUGCGGAUGUGCUUGUUCAGCUCCUACAAAGCGACGAACCCGAAGAAGUCCUGGUGGUUAAGCGAUCGCUGUCUCAACACCUUGAUAUGGACCCCGCAGUCACGCUGGGAGUCUUGUGUGAUCAAGUCGUGCCUUCAGACGAGCCAAUGGACGAAGAGGAGCUAGCUAUUCGUAACCGGCUCCGCUCACUAGUAUUAGCAUUCAUCACAGGCGAGGCGAAGCGUGCCAUUGUUGAGCGACAUACGAGUAUUCCUGGCAGUGCUGCUGAAGAGACGCUUGUCGGGGGUAUGCUGAAGGCUGUUGGGAAGCUGCCUCCUAGCGAAAUCGAUGUGAUCGUGAAGGAGAUACUCAUGUCUCUGCCUUCGUUCAAGCCCUCAUCACCUCGAGGCAGAGAACUUUUGGAUCUUCUACUUGAACGCGCAAGAGCGUCUCUCAAAGCCGAGCUUCCGUCUGGCGGCGAACGGUCGUCUAUGCAGCAAACGCGACAUUAUUUGUCCCUUGCUUCACACAUUGUCAUCGAGAAGCGAGUCACUCAGCCCGCGCCUCUCCUCCGCUUCUAUUUUACGUCGUUGUCUUCGAAGAUCACCCUACUGAGAUUGGACGAGGAUGCCCAGAUCUUUGUGCUGUCGCAAAUCGCCGACCUAAUCAACUCAUACGAGGAAAGAUCUUCACAAGGAACUGGACAGAGUCCCACCGAGGAUGCUCUCCUCCGCAAACAAAUACCAGACGUUUGUAUUUCCCGAGGCUCCAAUGUCGGAGCGAAGACCGUGGCAAGCUUGCCACGUAUUCUUGCGAGCUUGUCAACGAGUAAGCAUGCUUCGUCGGAUAGCCACAAGGAUGACUACAAAUGGACGGUUCCGUCUCACAUGGCAACAAUCUUGCAGCACAUCCAGUCUCUUGCGACAGCGCAAGGACAGACAAGCAAAGUGGAUAAUUUGGAGGAUAUCCAAAACCUGAUUAGGUCACUCCUCUCGUCUGCCAAGCCACCAGCCCCGGCUGCGUCGACAUCGGCGGCCCCCUCAACUACUGACCUGUCGAAAGCUACGAGCGGCAGCACCAGUACCAGCAAGUCGGAACGUCGCAUCAUGAACGUGAAGCGGAAGUAUGAAGACCGGCCAGCGGCGCCAACUCCUACGACAGCAGCACCUCCCAACGGAACACCGUUAACCUCGGCAGUUACUAGACCUCAACCGCCACGGAUAAAUGCAGUGCAGCCACGACAGCAGUUGACGAUUAUGGGCACAGCAGACAGCACCCAGAACGGGCGAACAGCACCGUCUGACGACCAAUAUAGAACAGCGAAAAGGGCGAAGAAGGGCGGGGGUCCGGGCGAGACCGGGGACACCCCGUCAUUGCUCAGCCGCUUAGCAGCUACAUCGUCGAACGGCGGCCACGCAAUGCAGGCAAGCGGCUCUAUACCGGCAAGGUGGCGAGUGGAGCCGGCACCAAUCACCUUCAACACAGCGCAAAGCCGUCCGCAAAAUGCACUCAAUGCACCGAUGGGCGGAUACAGUAUCAAGGGCGCUGCGCGCCGUAGCUCACCUGUGGCGGAUAGCCAAGCUUCGGGAACGUCACUACUGGAUAGGCUGCAGGACAGUAGUCUUGAUGAGGCCAUCGUAUUGGAAUGGCAAGAUAAUCUAUGGGUGCCUAUGUUAGACUACCCGGUGAUCUCCUUCGGUGCCGGUAUUGAUAAACAGAGCCUCAAAUUCCUCUGUCGACUGCCCGAUGACACCAAAAGCAUCUUGUAG